AUGAGUACAGACUUCGAUAGAAUCUAUUUGAAUCAGUCCAAAUCAAAUGGCCGGUUUCGUAUUGCGGACUCUGGUCUGGGUUGGAAAGUUUCCAGCAGUGGAGGAUCAUCUGCAAAUCAGCAGAAGGCACCUCUGCUGCUGCCAGUGACUGAACUGGCAUCAGUACAUUGGUCAAGAGGCUGUCGUGGGUAUGAGUUGAAGAUCAAUACGAAAAAUGAAGGCGUUAUUCAAUUGGAUGGAUUUUCGCAAGAAGACUUCAACCUUAUCAAAAACGAUUUCAAAAGAAGGUUUAAUGUUCAAGUUGAGCAGCGCGAUCACUCUAUGCGGGGCUGGAAUUGGGGAAAAGCCGAUAUGGCGAGAAAUGAAAUGGUGUUUGCUUUGAAUGGGAAGCCCACCUUUGAAAUUCCUUAUGCUCAUAUCAAUAAUACGAACUUGACAUCCAAGACCGAGGUUGCGAUCGAAUUUGAUCUUCAAAGAGACGACUACGAACCCGCUGGUGACGAAAUAGUUGAAAUGAGAUUUUAUGUUCCGGGAAUCACUGUUAGUGAUGCUGACGGUGAGGAGGACGAAGAAGAAAGCGCGACCGCUGACGCGAAAGUGAAGGAAGAAGGAGAAGGGGAAGUCGAAAGAGAAGAAGAUGGAGAAAGUCAAGAUGUGGACAUGACCAAAGAGGAGAAAACCAUGGCAGAAGCUUUCUAUGAAGAAUUGAAAGAGAAAGCUGAUAUCGGGGAGGUGUCCGGAGACGCGAUCGUUUCCUUCCAAGAUGUUUUCUUCACCACGCCCAGAGGACGUUACGACAUCGACAUAUACAAAAACUCCAUCCGUUUGCGUGGUAAAACUUACGAGUACAAAUUGCAACACUCCCAAAUACAAAGGAUAUUUUCUUUGCCCAAAGCUGAUGACAUUCAUCAUCUCAUGGUGCUAUCUAUUGACCCUCCCUUACGCCAGGGUCAGACGUCUUACCCAUUUUUGGUUUUGCAAUUUCAGAAAGACGAGGAAACAGAGGUACAGCUGAAUGUGGCAGACGAGGAAUUCGAAACCACUUACAAAGACAGGCUCAUGAAACAGUAUGACGCCAAGACGCACGUUGUUCUGAGUCAUGUAUUAAAGGGCUUAACAAACAAAAGGGUCGUUGUGCCCGGCGAGUACAAGUCCAAAUUUGAUCAAUGUGCCGUUUCAUGUUCUUUUAAGGCGAAUGAGGGCUAUCUCUACCCGUUGGACUCUGCGUUUCUGUUCCUCACGAAACCGACAUUGUACAUGCCUUUCAGCGAUGUAAGCAUCGUGAACAUUUCUAGAGCUGGACAGACAACGACUUCAGCAAGAACAUUCGAUUUAGAAGUCGUACUACGCUCGAACCGCGGCAAAACAACGUUUGCCAACAUUUCCAAAGAGGAACAGCAAAUACUGGAGACAUUUUUGAGAUCCAAGAAUUUAAGGGUCAAGAAUGAGGAGAAAGAGGUACAACAGAGACUCGAAAAUGCACUAGGCUCCGAUAGCGAUGAUGCUGAUAUCAAUAUGGGUUCCGCAGGAGAGGAUGAUGAGUCCGUAGAUGAAGAUUUCCAGGAAAGUUCUGGUGAUGAUGAUGUGGCUGAGGAAUUUGACUCUGACGCGGCUGUCAGUAACAGUGAUGGUGAAGGAGAAGAUGCCGAUAGGCCGGCGAAGAAAACGAAAUUAGAGUGA